AUGCAAGAUGCAGUUUCAAGAUUGAUGAAUGAGAAGGCAAAGGAUGCACUGCUGAGAAAGAAAGCAAAAUUAAGGAAGAAGAAAAAUGCUGCUGAGAAGUCGCAAGAAGCGCUCCAUAGUGAUGCUGAGGAUCGACCGAAAACCAAAUUAGCUAAAAAGAUGAAGAAGACGGUACGAAAGAAAGGUACCAUGAAGAGCAAUAGGAAACGUGAAGUUAGUAAACGUGGUGAUCGUAAGAAGAGGCCUAAAGGUGUGAGAGGAAAGAAUUGA